AUCUGGAUCACCAGGAAUCCUAAGGAUGCUGCCGUGUCAUGUUACAAGAUGAUCCGAGACUUCAUGAAGGAGGCUCCCAGUGUGCAGGAAGGACUGGAAGGCUACCAGAAGAACUUCCUAGAAGGAAAAGUGUUUAGCGGACCUUUCGCGGAUUACUCACUGAGUUUCUGGGAGCACAAGGAUGACGACAACGUCCUUCUCAUCUACUACGAAGACAUGAAGAAGGACCACGAGGGUCACGUUCGCCGCAUCGGUCGCUUCCUGGGCCGUGAGUUGACAGACGAGCAGGUGGAGGGAAUUGUCGCACACACGACCUUCGACGCCAUGAAGAAGAACGAUGCGGUCAGCUACAAACGCUACACAGAUAACACGAGCAUCUCCUUCAUCAACAAAGGUCAGGUGGGUAACUGGGUGUCAAAGUUCACUCCGGAGAUGAGUGAACGCUACGACAGAGAGAUUGCUGACAAGUGUGCCGCCAAGGGUCUCGUGUGGAAGUACUAGCUGCAGACACUAGGGUCUCGUGU